AUGCCCAGCUUCGAAGGCAGAUCUGGUGACUCGGCCAAAUUCAGGCCGUAUGUCCAGGCCGACAAUUUCAAUACCGGGUAUCCGAUCCGGUAUAGACCCGCGGAUGGGAUCAUUGAUAUGGAGACCGGCAGAAACAUCUCCAUGUCGUUGCCAACUACCGCCAAGUUUUCUUCUGGAAUUCCCAAGGAAUUCAGCAGCGCCGGAAUUCAUGCCGGAGUUCAGAUGACCAAUUCGGUUGGUCGGAAGAACGUGUAUUCGGAUUUGGAGUUCCGUGAAUACUUUGUGUGGAGCAACACUAAGGAUCUUCUACAAUCUCUGUGUCGUUCUUCGCUGAAAAACUACGCUAGGCAAUUUAUGUCUCAACCAUUUGAGGUGAGCCGACUGUUGUUGCAGGUUGGAGCUUUCAGUCCGUCUGAAACGAACUCGGCAACGCCUUCUACUACUUUUGAUGAGGAUGAGGAUGACGAGGAAGAUGACUUCUUCGAAAGAACGGGGUCGCCAAGGGCAAAAAGGUAUUCAAGCAUACAAAGGUCUGUGCCCAAGCUUCGGGUUCCAGUGGUGGAGAACACUAACAUCAACCCGCUCAGUCUGAAUACCAUCGACGUGAUGUCAGCUCUCAUAUCCAAGGAAGGGUUUAGAGGACUUUUCAGGUGUACUAACACCUCGUUUCUCUACACGACUCUUUUCUUCACGAUUGACGCAUGGAUCUGUGGAUUUGUUUCACCGAUUUUUGGCGUUCCUGAUCCAUUUUUCAUUGACAUUGUACACUCCACCAACCCAUUCAGAUCGUUGCUGCUGUCUGUGGCCUCUUCCUGUAUCACGGGCUUGCUAUUGGCUCCAGUAUCACUGAUAAGGACAAGAUUUAUUGCCACGACGACGAAGUCGCAGAAUCGCUCUUUCAAGCGUUUACUCGGCCAGUUAACAUGGAAACAGCUACUGGUCCCUCUGAGACUCAUAGUGCCGACAAUCAAUUUUGAGUUGAGUGCUCAUCUGCUAAAGACUUGGGUUCCUUACUUCUUGUACACUCGUUGUUCUGUUGACAGAUACACCUCUCCUUUGGUGUUUUCAACUGUUGAACUGUUGACUUCAGUGGUGGAACUGUUUGUCAAACUUCCACUGGAGACGCUGCUUCGUCGUUCGCAAGUGGACUAUCUGGUGAAUGAUCCCUCAUGUCCAGAGGCAUUGAGAAUCAGCGAAAACGAACUCAGUGUGAAAUUUGGAGGCUACCAUGGAUACUUUGCAACUCUUUACUACAUCUACAACGGAACCAAGCCUGUGAGCCAUAAUGACAAGUUCAGCUUGGAAGUGCCCAGCUCAGACACAAACGUCGGGCUUGAGGGGCUUUUCAGAGGCUGGAGAGUUGGUCUCCUAAACGUUAUAAGUUCUUGGGGUUUGAGUAUCUUGCAUGACCAGAGUCUGGAGAAUGUGGAGGUGGAAAAGUUCUGA